AGGGUCGACAUCGGUCGUGUGCUCAGUCUCUCUGCAGAAUAGUUUCGAACGACAACAGUUCCCAAGCGGUAUGAUGGAUUUUGAUUCAGUGCUUCCAGAAGUGGGAGGAUUUGGAUUAUACCAAAAGCUUGUGAUUUGUGUUUUACUUUUGCCUGCUGUAAUACCAUGUGCAUUUCAUGCGUACAGUCAAUUGUUCAUUGCAGCAAUUCCAAAUCAUUGGUGCAGAAUACCUGACUUUGAAAAAGUUCAACCGUGGGCCUCCAAGCUUGCAAAGGAAUUAAGUAUUCCCGUAGAAUAUAAAGAAGGCCGAUCUCAACUUACAAUGUGCAGUAUGUACUCCAGAAAUUAUUCGCAAGUAGCUGACGUGAUAAACGCUGAAAAUAGCAUUACAUUGCUAAAAGAAACAUUUCCGCCAGGAAACAUUACCGGUUGCCUCUACGGGUGGAACUACGAUACUUCAGUGUUUAAAUCUACAGUUGUUACAGAGUGGAAUCUAGUAUGUGAAAAAGAUUUUUAUCCGACAACUGCUCUAAUAGUGUUCGGAGUAGGAGGACUAAUAGGAAACCUCAUAUUCGGAUAUAUGCAAGAUUAUUGGGGUCGUAAGACUUCUUUUUUCAUAUAUUUGUUCAUAGAGGUAACUGCAUGUGCGUCUGGCGUACUCACAUGGAACUUUGAACUUUGGUUGAUAACUCGGUUCAUUGUUGGUUUAACAGUACCUGCCAUUCUUUCAAGUCCUUACGUUUUAGCUAUCGAACUUGUAGAGCCCAGUAAACGUGAUUUUUGUACCAUUGUUUCUAAUAUAGCGUACUCGAUAGGUCUUAUAUUACUCGCUGGUGUAGUGUAUCUAUUUCGAGAUUGGAGAUCACUGUCUUUAGCUGUAUCACUUCCGCUGCUGCUAUUGUUUGCUUUUUAUUGCUUCAUUCCUGAAUCGCCGCGAUGGUUAGUGACUAGAAAUAGAUUCAAAGAUGCCGCACAAGUAAUGGUGACUAUGGCAAAAUUAAAUGGGAUGUCUAUUCCCUCAAAUUAUGAACACACUCUAAAAUCUAAAUUCAGUGUAUCUACAGAUGUGAGUGACAAAUUGGCAUAUAAUUAUGGCAUAAGAGAUCUGUUUGCUGGUCGCCAAAUGGCCCGAAAGACAAUUAUUAUAACAUUCAUAUGGUUUACUAACACAAGUGUCUAUGUAGGUUUGAGCUACUAUGCCCCUGCCCUAGGUGGCGAUGAAAUUUUCAAUUUUUUUCUGGCUGGUUUAGUGGAGCUUCCUACCUACAUUGUACUGUGGCCUAGUAUUCAUUAUUUCGGAAGAAGGUGGAUUUUGUGCAUUUCGAUGAUAGUUGGAGGAAUAGCAUGUCUUUUUACGUACGCUUCACAAACCGAUCGUACCAUAACUCUUGCGUUGUAUUGUAUAGGAAAAAUGGGUAUAUCAUCAGCGUUUGUGAUUUUGCCACUAGCUGCUUCUGAGUUGUAUCCAACAGUUGUGCGUGGACUGGGAAUGAGCUUUAGUUCAGUGAUUGGAAUGAUUGGGCCUAUUGUGAUUCCUUUGAUUAACUAUACGGGAAGUGAGAUGACUGUUUUUCCGCUAAUCAUAAUGGGAGUAUUACUCAUUAGUGGAGGGUGCGCAAGUCUUUUACUGCCGGAGACGAAAGGAGUUAGUUUACCGCAAACUUUGAACGAUGGGGAACGUACAGUACUGAAUAAUCCAUUCCGAAAAGCUUGCAGGAGAAUAAAUAAAUGAAAGAUUUAGCAAUGGUUUCACCAAAUUAAAA